UAAUUAUACUCAAUUCUUAUUAGUUUUGGAUAAUAUCAAAUAGAAUUCUUUCUUUGAAAAUACAAUCUGCCUAAAUGUUAUAUCCAGUCUCGUUACAUGUAGAAUGCAAGUUACACGAAUACAACCAAGUUAUGCUUGACAUUUUUUGAGACACCCUGUAGAUAUACGAUCCGGGCAGAGUUGCGGCAGUUCUGCGCCUGUCAACGAGUAGUAGUUGGCGGAUCGCAUGCUGAAAGAUAUUCUCAGUAAUUUCUCACGGGUUUUCUGGUGUUAAUAGCGCGGUAAAUAAAGGGUUUUUUACACGAGAGGUGAUGAGAGAUCCCGCGGAGGACUCAGGUUUUGGACCGGUCAGGUGAGCCAGGAUUAUCCGUAAAGAACGCCUGAACCUUAAUCUGGGCUACGGGAGUAGCAGCCUCUUGGGGCCAGAUACCCAGUCACGUGACCCUUCUGUUUACCAAAAUGGUAUACCAGAGGAUGAUUGAAGCAUAACAGGUGUCAAUGGCUCUCUCUAGUUCAAUGCCUUUGUAACCUGAGAUUUCAUUGUGCUGGAAACUUUUGAUAAUGGUUUAUAAAUUAACGGAGGUCUUUAUUGUUGAUCAGGUGGUGACCAAGGAUUACAAAGACCUAUGAAUAAUUCUAUUCGGUGUUAUGCUGAAUUUUCUGCUCAAUAGCCGUGGCUGCAGAUGAUCUCAGGCAUACAAAGGUACAAAUGGCCAGCACUGUAAGAGAGGACGUCUAAAAUGCCAGGCUACAAUAUGGCCACCAACCAAGUGGAUUAUCAGGCAUAUUCCAUAAUGGAUUCAUCCAGGGUUUCCACCUUCCUAAUAUCGAUCCUACUUAUCGUCUAUGGAAGUUUUCGCUCUUUGAAUAUGGAGCAGGAGGCUAGAGAACGUGAGAAGGAAAAGGAGCGUAACAAUUUGCUAACAGGAUUGACAAGUGGCAGUACUGCAGGCAUCGUGGAUGGAGUUAUUGGAGGAGGGGUGCACACCCUCGACACGAUGCACGCUCUCUGUCUACCACUUGGUGCUUCCAUUUCUUUACUUGUCAUGUUCUUCUUCUUUGACAGUAUGCAAAUGCUCUUCGCUAUAUGCACAGCCAUCGUAGCAACAGUAGCACUGGCCUUUCUUCUGUUACCCAUGUGUCAGUAUAUAAUUCGGCCAUGUUCAGAUGGUAAUAAAAUAUCAUUUGGAGUCUGUGGAAGGUUCACCGGUGCUGAAUUGCUGUCGUUUUCAUUGAGUGUAAGCAUCGUCUGCAUCUGGGUAUUGACUGGGCAUUGGUUACUCAUGGAUGCCAUGGGUAUGGGCCUCUGCGUUGCGUUUAUAGCAUUCGUACGUCUACCUAGUCUAAAGGUAUCUACUUUACUACUCACUGGACUACUCAUUUACGAUGUCUUCUGGGUUUUUUUUUCGUCAUAUAUAUUCAGCACAAACGUUAUGGUCAAGGUGGCGACGCGACCUGCUGACAAUCCAGUAAAUCUCGUAGCUCGUAGAUUGCACUUAGGCGGAGUAGCCCGGGAAGCACCCAAGCUAUCUUUACCUGGUAAGCUGGUAUUCCCAUCCAUGCAUCAUGCAGGACACUUUUCAAUGCUUGGCCUCGGUGACAUCGUCAUGCCUGGUCUGUUACUCUGCUUCGUGCUACGCUACGAUGCGUACAAGAAGAGUCAGCUCAUACCCGGUGGCUGCGAGACUGGUGUCCCACCGCCACGACAUCUUAGUCGUAUCAGCUACUUCCAUUGCUCUCUGAUUGGCUACUUUCUCGGCUUACUCACAGCGACUGUGAGCUCGGAGGUUUUCAAAGCUGCACAACCUGCCUUGCUGUAUCUCGUACCCUUCACGCUCUUGCCAUUACUCACUAUGGCGUAUUUAAAGGGAGACCUGCGACGUAUGUGGAGCGAACCAUUCAUAUCUCAGCAACCUUCAAAACACAUGGAAGUUUGACAGCUGUCACAAAUAACAUUACGUCGCAAUAUCUUUUGGAUGAACGCGCGACAAUUCACCACUAUGAGUCAGUCGACAACUUGAUUUGUCCUAGUUUUCGCCGGUAUCAUUUUCUGUAAGUAAUUACGACUCGCCUCCUUUCUUUUGUUUUUCCUUUCACCCUUUUUUGUUUUUACCCAUUUAAUUUGUUAACAUUCUUCCCUAUUCUUCAUCAUUGCAUUGGAUCUCUUACUUGUUUUCCUUUCUUAUAUUUUUUUACACAUCUAUUCUCGUUAAUGGAACGUAAUUUAUUCUUUUUCUAUUACUUAUGAACUUUUUUCUUUCUCUCUCUUUUUCUUGAAUCAGUCAUCAUCGAGGUGUUAAGAAAGUAAUUCACAUACCAGAGAAUCGAUGCGAAGGGAGUACAUAUAACUAUAGGUACAUUACAUAGUCUAAUUAAAUUAAUUUUACGUAGCUUCAUAACGAGGGAGAACAUGAAAUAGAGUGGAGUAAUGUCCGUAAGGCUGGAACGGGCAAGAUACGCGACAGCUCAGUAAAGAGAUAUUGUGAGAUAUUAUUUAAAGAAAGAAAUGAAACGAUUGUAAUGAUAUAUUAUUUAAAAAAAAGAGAUGAGAAAUAAAAGACAUUGCGCUAUGGUCAAUAGAGACUCGCAUAUCUUUCCAUGCUCCACUCUGAAUUUAUCGUUAGCUAUUAGUAAAGGGAAAGAAAAAAGGCAAAAAAACAUUAUACAAAUGUUUGAUUCUCUUUUCCCUCAAUUCUUUCUACUACUAUUUUUUUUUAUUUAUUAACGACAGAUAUCAUCUGAAUUGUACGUAACACGUAGCUAUGAUUAUUAGAAUAAUGGAGGAGUUGUUCAUGAUGAAGUUCAUACAUGAGAAUCCAGUGAACAUAAUGUGUGUGUAGGUUGUGAAUUUAUUUUAAAAUUGCUUUUGUUUCGUACAAAGCAAAACUCUUAUGUACAUACAUACAUUACCUAUAAUUUUGUAUAAGCAUGAAAGCACGAAUUUGCAGUUCGCUCUUGGUUUAAAAUGACAAAUAACGCGUUGCGUUUACUUGUGGACUUGGCUCACGAGAAUUACGAGCUCGAUAGAAUAACGUAAUACGAUGAGAAUGAAAACGAAAAUAAGGAAAGACGUAUUUAUAAUGAAACUGUGAAACGUAGGACCGUCGCCAGAUAUCGAUCCUUCAUCAAUAGCGAACUGAAUAUCUACGCGUCGACCUUGAAGAAUUAUCAAGACAAAAGGAAAAUCGAGACUAUAUUCUCUGACACUCUCUAUAUUUGACACUAUUAAAAGUUGAGGCUUUUCAAAGAAGCUCCUGCUAUGGAUGGUCUAGGGUGUGCAUCGCGUUUUUCAUAAAACUCGAUGUCAUUAAAUUAACAAUUGAUUUAAUCAACUGGCCGAUGGUCGAAUGAUAAUUGUACACUCUAUAUAAUUGAAGACUCGAAGACAUUUAUUUAAUCUCACAAAGACUGAAUAUUGCCCAAAAUUGAAUAUCGUUUUUAUUUCUUCUACUUUUUCCGCCCAUCCUCGCAACCCUGGAUCAAACUGUGACCGUUGAUCUUGAUCACGAAUACAAUUCCCUGAUUAUCAUCGUACUCUUAUCUUUAAUUUUGCAAAAUGACAUUAUCCGUAGAUUUCCUUCUGGGAUGACUGUAGCGUGCAUUUAAUUGGACUAUUUCUAUCACGCAAAUACAUGGAUAUUACUUGAA